AUGCUUAAUCCAGGCCAGACGCGCCUGCCACUCGCCAGUCUUGAUUUUGGCGAUCGCGAUCUUACGGAUGGAUUCACUGAUGUGCGCGAUGGAACUCACUCUUCGAUUUCUGGCUUUGGUCAUCCACGCGGUAGCACCCCAAUUUCUGUCCUCAGUUCGCGUCGUUCAACAACCUCAACAGCGCUUUCGGGUGAAAGCCCAGAAUCUAGGAGAGUCUUACCCAACAUGAGCGCGCUGCUGGACUUUCUUGACAAUGAUAAUACCAAUCCGUUCCCUCAAACAUCAAGUUCAAAUCGUAAACAAGUACAAGCUGCAUCGCACCGAUCGUCUCGGUCGCCUCCUCAACCCAGCCCUGCACUUCACCCUCAUCCCCCACGAAACUCUCUGACUCCUCGCCCUAUGCCAGCAGAUGCAGAUUUAACCUCAAACUUUCUUCAUACCUACGAUCGCACCAAUCCCUUUCGAGGAGCCCUUCCAGCUUCCUCUACACCAUUUACUAACCACCGCGAUGAUUUUUCCGAAAUGAGCUCGCCUCUCAACAAGCGACAUAAUGUACCAUCCGGAUUACCAGCCAACAUAUCACCGAUUCAAUUUGCUCAUCAAAUGGCCGCUGCUCCGACGUCCAAUAGCUCUGCUCAUAAACACGCUUCUGAGAAUCGACCUCGACAUCAUUCGCCUCGGUCCGAGCGACCCGUUGAAGCCCUCCCUCUAGAAACACCCGCCAGAUUGCCUGCGAAAGCUCCAAGUGCGGCUGAUCGCAUGGCCGCUGCAGUCAUGGAAGGCGCCCCAGAGUCUCAUUGGACGUUUCUCAUGGAGCGCGGCUCUAGCGAAAACACGGCGGGCAUCAGAAGAUCAAAAGUCGUCGAAGAAUUGUUACAGCCUAUGCGACCUUCCAUAUCUAGUCCCGAUAAACAAAUAACCCAAAUUCCUGAAGCGACCGGGAGUAUCAAAGAUAGUGAUCUUCCCCAAUCCUUGCUCGACGAACUCUCGCACAUUCGAUCGGACCAGUUGGAGAAAGCCAAUUUGGUAUCCGCGCUUAACGAUGCUCGUAAAGAGGUUGCUUCCCUCACCGAAGAAGUCAGAUUGCUCCGGAUAGGCGUCCAGAAACUUACUUCGGCACAGACCAAACGUAAAAAACGUCGCUGCCACUGCUGA